UAUUUUAAAACAUUUUAUUUUGUUGCAGUAUCCACAGAGACCCGCCAUCCUGUGAUAGUCUACAUCCACGGAGAAUCCUUUGAGUGGAACUCUGGUAAUCCAUACGAUGGCAGCAUCUUGGCCUCCUACGCCGAUAUGGUGGUAGUAACCUUAAACUACAGAUUAGGAAUUUUAGGUUUUUUAAAUGCGAAUCCGGCCCCUCACCUGAAGGCCCGCGUCGCAAACUACGGGCUCAUGGACCAAAUUGCCGCCCUGCACUGGAUUCAACAAAACAUCGCACUGUUCGGAGGCGACCCGACUAACGUAACGCUAGCAGGACACGGGUCCGGAGCAGCUUGCAUAAACUUCCUGAUGAUAUCGCCCACCGUAAUGCCCGGGCUGUUCCACAGAACGAUACUGCUAUCGGGAUCAGCGUUGUCGUCCUGGGCAUUGGUCGAGGACCCCGUCAAUUACGCCGUCAAGCUGGCGAAGGAGGUCAACUGCAGCAUACCGGAGGACGUGGGCAAGGACCACGAGGUCAUAGUGGACUGCCUUCGGGAGACCCCGCUGGAGGAGCUCCUGCAAGCGGACGUCACUCCGCCGGCCUACUUGAGCGCGUUCGGGCCCAGCGUGGACGGCGUGGUCAUCAAGGCCGACUUCGCGAAAGAGCUGGUGACGUACUUCAAACCGUCCGACUUGCAGAACUUCGUGGGCCCCGUGAACGCGAACAUGAAGCGCUCCGAGGCCACGUUGACGCCGCGGGGUUCGAACCCCUACGACCUGCUGUUCGGCGUGGUCACCAGCGAGGCCCUGUGGCGGUUCUCCAGCAGCGACGUGCAGUCGGGGUUCGAGGGCGAGCGGCGCGACAAGAUCGUUCGGACUUACGUGCGUAACGCGUACACUUACCACCUGAGUGAGAUAUUUUUCACGGUGGUCAACGAGUACACCGAUUGGGAGAGGACGGUUCAGCAUCCCAUCAACACGAGAGACGCCGCGGUCGCUGCGUUGAGCGACGCGCAGUUUGUGGCGCCGUUGGUGCAAACCGGUGACUUGUUGAGUGCCAAGCCGCCGCAGCCCGGCCAGGAGGCCACCGGUGCCAAGACUUUUUUCUAUGUGUUUGAUUAUCAGACCAAGGAUGGAGACUAUCCACAGAGAAUGGGUACUGUUCAUGGAGAGGAGCUGCCUUAUUUAUUUGGAGCACCUUUAGUAGAUGGAUUUAAUCACUUCCCGAAAAAUUACACGAAAUCGGAAUUGUCACUAUCGGAAUCGUUUAUGAUUUAUGUUUCAAAUUUUGCAAGAACUGGAAAUCCUAACGAACAUCAUAAACAAGACACAACGUUGCUGGCGUCCAGGGAACGGAACAGGUUCAAGUCGAUUGUAUGGGACGAAUAUGACUCCGUUCAUCAGAAAUACUUGGAAAUAGGCAUGAAACCCCGCAUGAAAAACCACUUCAGAGCUCACCAGCUGAGCGUCUGGCUCCGGCUCAUCCCCGAGCUCCAUCGCGCCGGCAUGGAGGACGUCGUCGCGCGUCACAACCUCUUCAGAAACCACAACAACGCCGACUUGUACGACGGUGCGGUCCGUCCCGACCCCUUGUCCCGCGUCAGCUACUACGACCCGACGAUGGAGCUGUUCAGAAGGCGACCGAACGCCACCCUCACCGGAUUGGAGCCACCUACGACGAUGGACACCAUUGUCACGACUUGCGUCAAUGUUGUUUCAAGCGGAUACAAUCCGCAGAUGUAUCCGAACGGGCAGAACAACUCGACCGAUCCCUUGGCGAGCUUGGAGGCGGCCGGUUACGCGGCUUACAGCACUGCUUUGAGCGUUACGAUCGCCAUAGGGUGCUCUUUGUUAAUCCUGAACGUUUUGAUAUUCGCCGGGGUUUAUUAUCAGAGAGACAAGACCAGGAUGGAGGUUAAGAACUUGCAACAACAGCAGAGCCGCAACCAGGCCACGUUUGAAACGAUAUCGAAACAUCAGCACUAUCACUUGGGACACUCGCAGAGCUCCAAUGUUAUUGUGGAUGUGGAGCAAGACACGUCCGCGAUGAUAUUAGCUGCGAACGCACAACAAGACUUGCACGCGAUGAACAAAGUCCAGCAACACCUAUGCCCGACCAGUAUAUCGAACACCUUGAAAGCACCGCCGCCCAGUCCCAACGUAAUGAUGCAGAACUGCAUGACUCUGCCGAAAAACAUGCACCACAUGAAUCAAAUGCACAACUACAACCAAGGCUGCAUGACCCUCCCGAAAAACUCCUCGCUCUUGAACAACACGGCCUGCGUCAUAGCUGAAAUGCAGCUGCAACAUCAGGGAGGCAUGUCGCAGCCUCCCAACGGCAACGCGAUACCGCUGGCCUGCCCCAAACCGCCCCCGCCUCCCAGAUCGAAGAGCCCCGAGAGUCAACCUUUGCUCAACUCGGGCGGUAACAGUAAGAAUAUGAGGCUGCCUCAGGCGGCCAUGAGUGAGAUGAGGGUGUGA